GGCGCCUCCGCUUCAUUAGGCGCAAUCAGCGGGUGGCUGAGAGCCAAGACCCGGCGAAUCCCGUCACCCAGCUGCGGCGCGGAACUCGGCGCCGCGUCCCCGCGUCCCUUGGGGGUCUGGGGACAUGGCCCGAAAGGCUCUCAAGCUUGCUUCGUGGACCGGCAUGGCUCUUGCUGCCUCUGGCUUCUUCCUCUACAGCAACAAGUACUUGGAUCCUAAUGACUUUGGUGCUGUCAGGGUGGGCAGAGCAGUUGCAACGACAGCUGUCAUCAGUUAUGACUAUCUCACCUCCUUGAGGAGUGUCCCCUAUGGUUCAGAGGAGUACUUGCAGCUUCUAUCCAAGGUGCACCUCCGUUCUGCCAGGCGUCUCUGUGAGCUCUGCUGUGCCAACCGGGGCACUUUCAUCAAGGUGGGCCAGCACCUGGGCGCUCUGGACUACCUGCUGCCUGAGGAGUAUACCAGCACGCUGAAGGUGUUGCACAGCCAGGCUCCACAGAGCAGCAUGCAAGAGGUCCGCCGGGUCAUCCGUGAGGACCUGGGCAAAGAGAUCCAUGAUUUGUUCAUGAGCUUUGAUGACACCCCCCUGGGGGCCGCCUCCCUGGCCCAGGUCCACAAGGCAGUGCUGCAUGAUGGGCGGACGGUGGCUGUGAAGGUCCAGCAUCCAAAGGUACAGGCUCAGAGCUCGAAGGACAUUCUCCUGAUGGAGGUGCUCGUCCUGGCUGUGAAGCAGCUGUUUCCAGAGUUUGAAUUCAUGUGGCUGGUGGACGAGGCCAAGAAGAACCUGCCUUUGGAGCUGGAUUUCCUCAACGAAGGGAGGAAUGCUGAGAGAGUGGCCCAAAUGCUCAAGCACAUUGACUUCUUAAAGGUCCCCCGCAUUUAUUGGGAGCUGUCCACCAAGCGGGUCCUUCUGAUGGAGUUUGUGGAUGGCGGCCAGGUCAAUGACAGAGACUACAUGGAGAAGAACAAGAUUGAUGUCAACGAGGUGAGGUUGAGCUCUCAUGGCUGCUGUGCGAGGGACGCCCACCGAGGGCAGAUUUCACGCCACCUGGGAAAAAUAUACAGCGAGAUGAUCUUUGUCAAUGGUUUUGUGCACUGCGACCCCCACCCUGGCAACGUGCUGGUGCGGAAGCACCCGGGCACAGGAAGGGCAGAGAUUGUCCUGUUGGACCACGGGCUCUACCAGGUGCUCACGGAGGAGUUUCGGCUGGAUUACUGCCACCUCUGGCAGUCGCUGAUUUGGACUGACAUGGAGAGAGUGAAGAAGUACAGCCAGCGCCUGGGAGCCGGGGACCUCUACCCCUUGUUUGCCUGUAUGCUGACGGCCCGGUCUUGGGACUCGGUCAACAGGGGCAUCAGCCAAGCCCCGGUCACUGCCACUGAGGACUCGGAGAUCCGCAACAAUGCCGCCAACUACCUCCCCGAGAUCAGCCAGCUCCUCAACCACGUCCCUCGCCAGAUGCUGCUCAUCUUCAAGACCAAUGACUUGCUCCGUGGGAUUGAGGCUGCCCUGGGCACCCGUGCCAGUGCCAGCUCCUUCCUCAACAUGUCGCGUUGCUGCAUCAGAGCGCUGGCCACGCACAAGAAGAAGAGUACCUGUUCGUCCUUCAGAAGGGCCCAGAUCUCUUUCAGCGAGGCCUUCAACUUAUGGCAGAUCAACCUUCAUGAACUCAUUCUGCGUGUGAAGGGGUUGAAGCUGGCCAGCUGGAUCUUGGCCUUUCUUUGCUGGCUGUUGCCCACUCCAUACUGAGUGGACUUGCUGUCCCCUUUCCCUUUCCAGUGUGAUUCUGGUGGGCAAGUUGACUUUUCACUCCACUCCUCUGUCAUGUCUCCACCCAGGUGCCCUAUUUCUGUCACAUGGUGGCCUGGGGCCCCAUGAUCAUUGUCCGUGGCACCACUAUACUUCACACCUCUGGAAUCCCUCCCCUAUGCUGUAGCCCUUGUCUCUGGGCCCGCAAGCUGUCCCCUGCAGUAGGCUUCUCCCCUGACCCAGGGAGAUGGCCCACCACUCUAGGUGGGUGCCAUGGGGCUGGAUGUCACCCUACUUCCGGUAACAACUCCUGUUGUCAGGAUGGACCACGAAUCCCACUGACUUCCUACAUGAAUUCCUACAUUUAACUUGUGGGCACUCUGAUUUUGUUGGAAAAGAGCAUUGUUUCUGAUCUUGCUGGGAACAGAUUCCCUCUCCUUGUCCUGUCACUCCCCAGAGGUGUUGCACCUGAGCAAGGUGGCUCGGCAUCCGGGGCAUGAGUUCUCUGCUGUCACGGUGACCCCUUUGGUGUUUUAUGUACUGUGUUUCAAUAAAACCCCUUGAGGGUUGCAGGGAAGGGCUUUGUUGAUGGGAUUUUUAUUCUAGGUUGGGGGUGAGUCCACAUUGGCCGUUAGGGAAGAGUGGACCUGGGUGCCUUGUGCCACUGUGUUCUGCUUGGCAUCUUGCCCCUGUCAUCCUUCCAGCCUUUCCCUGUGUGGCCGCUUCCUGCCGCAUGUAGGCUUUUCUUACUUUCCAAGACUCUGACGUUUUGGUCAGAGGAGUUAAGAAGCCCAAGGCCAAGAACUCAGAGGCUCAUCUGAAACUUCUGCCUUUGGUUUCUCUGGGCUCUCCACCUGCUUUGUUCUACUCAUUGCAUCCUGACUUAGCCCUUCGGCUCCUCAUUUGACGCCCUCAGUCCUGGAGACUGUAGUGUAAGCCUCAGUCACUGUGGCUAGGGUUCCACUCUGGAGCCUCCUUGUCUCCUGUCUGGACUCCAUGCUUCCAUCUGUUACCCAUGGCCAGGGCUGCCCCACCCCCACUCAGUCAUCUGCUCCUGUUUCUGGGUCAUCCCCAUAGUCCUGCUCUAACUCCAGGUCCCUGAGAGACUCCACAUUUGGCAGGUCCUACUAUUACCGAGCACCUGUGCUCACCGGCAGUAAUUGUGUUUGAGUGUCUUUGAUCUUACUUCAUCCCAUUUACAGGGGCAGAAAACCCCUGAAUCCAACUCUCAUCUUCUCUUUGUUCAUAAUACAACAAGCAGGUUUUCCACUGAGCAGAGAUGAUUUUCAAUCCCUUUAUUUCCUGAAAGAAUUAAUUGUUCUUAGUGACCAGUUGGAUGCACCCGGGGACCUGGGAGAAUAAUUUGUAAGAUCUGUUAUUAAUCAUGAGGAUGCAUGCUGCAUAUUAUAUUUUAUGGUGUCUUUUAUAGCCACUGAAGUAAAUAUAUAAUGUCCUUUUUGUUCAAGGUAA